AAUAUAUAAAAUUAAAAAGAUAAACUCCGAUCUCCAUCAAUCUGCUGACGUCACUCCUUGUCAUCUAUUCUUCUUCAUCUUCUUAAACACUCUCUCUUCUUUCACCUCCACCAUUUCAUUGAAGUUGCUCAUCAAUUGGACCCUCCAAUCAAAUUUGCUGAAAAGCCAACUUUACAGAAAACAAAUAAAUUGAGCUGAAUUUCAAAGAAAGCAGAAACUUGAAAAAUGGAAGCUGCUGUGGAAGCUAAAUCUUGCACUUCUUAUGGAAAACCCCCUUGGAGAUUCACAGGCAGGGCUCUGUAUCAAUUCCAUUUAGUCAAGGCCGAUGUCGCCCGAGCUCUCAUUCCCAAAGAGUUCAGAUUAGUUGAAGCUUUUGGAUAUACACUUGGUGGAUUCUUUCUUGCUAACUAUGAUCAUAGUCCUGCUGGAGUCUUUGAUGAGUUAGUGGUGAUUGCGGGAAUUGUUUGGAACCCACCGACAUCUUGCGCAUGGGCAUCCAAGGUUCUUGUUAACAGCAACGAGGCAUGCCUUCAUGGACGAAAGGAAGUGGGACUUCCAAGCCAUGUUGCUAGGUUUACAAAGAAACUCACAUCAGAUGCAAGGACAGAGCAAAGCAGAGCCAAUCGCUUCCUAAAUAUGAUUGGUUUAGGUCAUGCCAAGCCCAGUUCAAGGAUUUAUUUGGAUACUGAAGUAACUGAAAUAAGUGGCUCAGCAGCUACAGCUGAGAAGUUCAGUAUCAACCUCGUAAGUUCUGUGCCUGAGGAGAAUUCCAAAGCAUGGUUGGGUCCGUUCAUCAACUUGUCACUUCCAAGCUUUAGUGGACGUACAGAACAUAAUCCCAACCUUCUCAAGUACUCUUGCCAAAUGGAUUGCAGGGUGCGUGUAGUACAGCCACUUCAGAUAUCCAGGCCAUCUCCUACUACUGAUCACAGGACUGAACAUCAGGCUGCUGUAGACCAGAAUUCAGAUUCUGCACUUCAAGCUGUGGAAGAUACCUCAGAAAUAAGAUGUUUAAGUCUUUCUGUGAUGUUAUCAAAACCGAUACUGGCUUUGGAAUUCAACUGUUUGAAUAUGAAUGUUGAAGAUCCUCUGGUCAUUUCUCAUUGAAAUGCACCUUGUCUGUAAAAGAAAAACUGGCCUUUCUUACUGAAUACGGAAUUCACAAAAGCUUAUACUUAAAAUCCCCUAGUUACACUUAUGUUUUCUGUUUCCUGUG